CGUUCUCUUCCCUCUCCGGUGCUCACUUGGCUCCUGCUCCGAUAUCCACCUCGUCCGGCGCUUCCACCUCGGACCGGACCGACCACCAGCGGCGCAGGCCCGGCUGAGCCGCACGCGAGGACACUGCCGCAGCGAUGCCACCCGCCGCCACCUUCUCGUCGUUCUCCGCGUUGAUGCGCCGGCCUCCGCCGCCGGCCCGGCGCCUCCUCGUCCCCCCCGCCGCCGCGCGCGCGCACAGCACUGCCGGGGCAAGCCGUGCUCGCGGCGGCCUGCCGCGGUUCCACUCCCCCUCUCUCCCCUUGUCCAAGGGUGAGGUGGUUCGCAUCCAAGGCGACGAGUUCUGGCACAUGACACGGGUGUUGCGCCUUGGCAUCAAUGACAGGGUCGAACUAUUUGAUGGGGCCGGUGGCUUAGUUGAAGGAUCCAUACAAAAGGUUGACAAGAAUGGAUCAGAUGUUGAGUUAUUGGAGAACGCCAGGCUCAUUGCUCCUCAAGGCAUUCAAUGGCAUGUCUUUGCUGCAUUUGGGACGCUGAAAGGUGGACGUGCAGAUUGGCUUAUAGAGAAAUGUACUGAACUUGGCGCUUCCAGUGUUACGCCUCUUUUGACUGAACGAUGCCAUACGAUAGCGGAAAAUAGAGUGGACAGGUUGCAACGGCUGGUGUUAGCUGCAGUUAAACAAUGCCAGAGAGUGCAUGAUAUGUCACUGAAGCCCCCAAUUCAGAUACAUGAUCUUCCGCUGGCUGUGUCGCAAUCAAAGCUUGCUUUCUUAGCAUCUGCUGAAGCGCCUCCUGUUUUGAGCGUUUUGCCAAAGUGCAGCAGCGAGGAGGAAAGCGGGCUUUUAAUCAUUGGACCGGAAGGAGACUUUACGGAGGAGGAGGUGAAGGUUUUGAAGGCGGCUGGUGCGGUCCCUGUUGGUCUCGGUCCAUGCAGGCUACGCGUGGAGACAGCUACCAUCUCACUCCUUUCUGCGCUCAUGCUGUGGUCAGACGCCGCUCAGCACCAAGAAACUCAGCGGCAACGCGGAUAGUUCGUACUAAUUUGUAUAACCAUUUAUAACAUGUGGUUGGACUUGACUUUUCCAAGAGCAUGCAUGCAUACGUAGUCCAAUCAGUCAGUCAACUGAACUGGAUCUGAGAUGGUAUAAUACUCUAGUAUUAUACACGUAA